ACGAUGGAACAAAAAGUUUAACAAGUACCGAUUUCGCGCGCUUUGUCUGUUUUUUUUUUAUUCUAUUGAAUCUUUCCAGAACAUUCCAACUAAGGUCAAUGAUAGUGGAACUAACACAGUUGCUUUAUUGCAUGAUUCAUCGUGUUUACGAUAAAAUGUAUUUUUUACUGACACUAAGGGAGACGACCUGAUAGUGAGUGGUCACCUUCGCUCGCGGACAUCACCGAUGCCAGGGCAACGAUUUUUAAGACCACAUUUGAAGAACACGCCUUGAAGAUACGGAAGCUAUGUGAAAUUUACUCCAAAAUACACGUCGAAUUCGACAAAGAGUUCUAUGUACAAUCUAACUCACGCAUCAGCCCGCUGAGUUUCUCGCCAGAUCUUCUCAGCGGGUCGCAAUUCCGAUCCGGUAGUAGAUUUAUUCGCGAAGCAGCUGUUUUUGAGUUGUGAGGUCUCCUUCGGAGGCACUCGGGCGGUUGUUACCAAAUCCCACCUGUUCUAGUGAAACUGGUAAGGCCUCUGGGCCACCAGUAGGUAAUCACUCAUUCAUAAAAAUAAAAAAUAUUAUAGAAAAAAUUAACGGACUCUGCUCUGAUGGUAUGUGGCGAAAAAUAAUUGCUUACAGCACCUUCUGUAGAUUUUUAUUAAAUUUAAUUCAGCAAAAGUUAUAUCAAAUUUAAUUUCCUAUAUAAGUUGGCCCAACGCACAAAACGUUCGGUCUGAUGUGACGUACAGCAUAACAUUCUAAAUUUAUAAAUAGAGUAUCGGAGCAGUCUCUCGCGCGCACCGUCUUUCUUGUGCUGGCUAACCUAUAAUUUCCUUCGAUUACACGCUGCAAAUGUGUAUUCAUUAAAUAAAAAAAUGACCGAAGAAAACGAAGGUUUCUUUAAGAAGUUCCACGAAUCGAUCAACAACGAAUUAGACGAAGUCACAAAAAAUAAUUUCGCCAAUUUAGAAUCGAACUCUAAACGUGUUUCGUAUCUGUGCAGUCUCCCGAUUAUAAAAAAGUACGAUAUCACCGAUGAUGUUGUGAAAUGUAAAACGGGUGGCGAGUUUCCUGUAAACAAAUCUUUAAGCAAAGCUCUACAAUUAAAGGACGCGGGGAACCAAUGGGUCCAGAAGGGUGAUUGGGUGAAGGCUUUGGUAUUUUACAGUCAAAGUAUGAUGCAUAUGCCAGAAAAGGAAACGGAAGAGUUGUCAAUUGUUUUCGCCAAUCGAUCGGCAGCUCUGAACCAUUUGCAGCAAUACGAGGAAGCCCUAGCCGAUAUAAAGAAAUGUUUGUCCCUCGGAUAUCCUCGGCAUCUCAGAUACAAAGUUUACGAAAGAAAAGCACGUAGUUUGUUGGCGUUGAAAAGGAACCGGGAAUCAAUUGUUGCAUUCCAAGACACUAUAAGUGCUUUAGAUGAGGCAACAAAACUUGAAAAGGAGAAAAGAACCAAAAUGCGGACAGAUGCUAAGAUCAUGUUGGAAAUUUUGAACAAGGGACUAGUUCUCGCUGGGAAUCCAAGCGAUCCAGAACCUUUAAAUAAGAUUCCUCCAAAACCAAAAUUAGCAGGAAAGCAUAACUCCAAGUUCCCGGCGGCUUCUGAAGCGAUAACAAUAGAUACUGACGACGUUAAAGGAAGAUACGCUACUGCAACAAGGGAUAUCAGUGCUGGAGAAGUUUUGCUUAUUGAGAAAGCGCACAGUGGAGUUCUUUUGGCUGAAUUCUCGAAGACACAUUGUCAAAAUUGCUUCCUUAAGUGUCCUAUAUCACUACCGUGCCCAAAGUGUCCGAACGUAAUAUUCUGCAGCGACAAAUGCCUAGAAACCGCUUUAAAAUCAUAUCACGGUUACGAAUGUCAAAUACUUCCAUUGAUAUGGAAAUCUGGAUGUUCUAUCACAUGCCAAAUCGCUUUGAGAAUGAUCACGCAAAACAAAAAGGAUUACUUUUUGAGCAUCAGCAAUGAUUUGAAGCCCCAGUUGGGUGCAUACAAGACGGAAGACUACAGAAACAUUUACAAUUUAACAACGCACGAAGAAAAAAGAUGCAAGCAAGACUUUUUGCACAGAACAGAGAUGGUAGUAUUCCUGAUCAAGGUCUUAGAAUUGACCGGUUAUUUUGACGGAAAACCAAGAACGAAGCCGAUAGAAAUGGUGGAACUGAAUUCAAUGGCGGUUAACGAAAAAUACCAGGGUGACGUAGAAUUGAUAGGUGGCUACUUGUUGAGGAAUCUUCAGGUUCUACAAUUCAAUGCGCACGAAGUGUUUGAACUUCAAGUACCUAAGCCGAAAGUUGAUAAGAAUAUUAUAAAACAUGACGGAAAAUCAGUGUUUUUAGCCGGAGCCGUUUUCCCGACACUCGCCCUGUUCAAUCACUCCUGUGAACCAGGCGUUGUAAGAUAUUUCUAUGGCUCACACAUCGUAGUUCGUGCCGUCAAAAAUAUCAAAAAAGGUGAGGAAGUCUGCGAAAACUACGGUCCAAUAUUCACGACCGUGCCCAAGGAGAAGAGACAAAUGGAACUCAAAGACCGGUACUGGUUUGACUGCGAAUGCAUACCGUGCAAGGAAAACUGGCCUUUGUACGAUGAGAUGACCGAGAAUUACAUGAGAUUCAAGUGCGACUCCGACAAUCCUUGCCCGAACGUGGUGGCUGUUCCGUACGAUUGCACCGAAUUCAUGAUCCAGUGUGGUUUAUGCCAGCAGUACACCAACAUACUGAAGGGACUAAAGUCCCUACAGGAUACAGAAAUGCUCUAUCGCCUCGGUCGAGCAGCUAUGGAUGAAGGCAAAUAUGGUGAAGCAGUAAAGAAGUUCACCGAAGUACUGAAGCUAUAUGAUGCAACAUUAGCACCACCAUACAAGUCAUACUAUGAUUGCGUCCAAGACUUGAGACGCUGUUUGCUGUCCAUGGGCAACUACAGUAUUAUUUAAAAUAUAUUAAAUGUUUAAAUUAUUUUUUUGUAAUGGCAACAUUUUGCUGAUUGAAAUCCUUUUAAAAUUAAAUGUUUUCAUGAGUCUUUUUAGUUGGGGUGUGUGUGUACUGUUAUUAUAAUAAUAUUAUUGAUCCUAAGUUAAUUCAUUAAGGGACUUCGCUCUCUUAGAGCUUUUACUGUAACCCUAUGACCUUUCAUAAAUGAACUCUUUGGUUGAACCUCCAAUACUAUCUAAUAAUUAUGGAAUAUAUUUUAAGCCUGCCCGAGCACCAUCAUACGACCUACUUGUUCUACAAAGCAAACGUACAAUUUGCGAAAAAAGUUGGUUAUUCAGUGUCCGAUGCAACUGAGGCUUCAUAUUUCACGUCUCUUUUUUAAGCAUAAUACAUAUUAUUCCUAUUCAAUCACAACAUCCCUUUCAAACAGCUCGUAACUACUUAUUGUUUAUGCUACCAGUACUACUUCUGGUACUAUCUCAUGGUGAGCAACAGCAUCUACAGUGUGGUGUAUAUUUGUUAUUAUAUAUUUUACAUAAUAUUAUUUAAAAGUUAAUAAAACAGAUUAAUAUGUUAUAAUUGCACAUAAUCUUCAGAAUUUAUCAUCGAAUAUUACACGACACACUCAUCUAGUACUACAUGCGGAAGAAACGAUUUGAAUGGUACCUAUAUUCUUUAAUUGGGUUGAAACGUUGACCCAUCUUAAAUAUCGUAAAAUCUAUCCAUUAAUGACUCAAAUUUUAUAGAAUUGUUGCAAUUUGGACAGCUUAAAGCCUAUGUAGUUAGGUCACAACAUAUAAAAAUAAUUUACUUACCACAA